CGCUCGGCUUAAAGAUUUUUGCCGUGUAUUUAAACGUUGGUCUAAACGGAGAGACGACGAAUUAAUGGACAGAAUCGUUAUAGAUUUGAUGAACUGUGAAAUUCUAUUCCCGAGUGUUGAAGAUAAAAAAUAUUUCUUCAAAUUUGCUUUGAGACGACGCAAUUUGAAAAUGAUAAAACUUCUCGAGGCGAGCGGACUCGAUAUACGUGAGGUCAUAUUCAAAGAUGGAAAGUCUGCUCUUCAUUAUUUGGCGGAGGUAAUAUAUGGGAAAAAUGAUAAAAAUAUAUUGGACCCAAAAUCAAAAACUAUAAAAGUCAUGGAAUAUUUUUUGGAAAAUUCACAACUAAAUUAUUGUGACAAUCAUGGUUACACAUAUUUCCACGCGGCCUGCAUGUCCGGUAAUAUGGCGGCAGUAAAUCUUCUUUUGAGCCAGGGUAUAGACGUCAACCUCGACUCAUACAAGUAUUCAGCGUUGCAUAUUGCAGCCCAGUACCGUCGCGAAGAAGUAGUAGAGAUUUUAUUGAGACACGGGGCCGAUCCAAACAAACAGGACGUGGAGAAGUCGACACCUCUACACGCACUCGCGAGGCUGUGUCUAUGCCAGUGCACCAAUGCCAUCAGAUUUUGCGAUUACCGACGACCAGUUGACAAAAUAGUUCAAAUUCUAAUUGAAUAUGGAGCGAACAUCGAAGCACGAAAUAGUGAUGGUAAUAGUCCUUUGGAUUUGGCCGUAUCUUGUUUUGAUGUGCAGCUUGUCAAGUCGCUUCUGGAACACGGCGCGAGUCUUGACAAUUUGAACGAAGAUAUAAUUUUCAGCAGAAAUUUCACAUUACUUGAAGUCAAAAAUUAUCCUCUCACUCUGAACAUCAUCGAGAUGGUACAAUUAUUGCAGUCGGUGGGCUUCAAGAUGAGCUUUGAAACCAGACUUAGGAUGUUAAAAUGUUGGAUAAAAGUUCGAGGAAACGACACUGACCAUCUGAUCCCCGAAUACACUGGACCCACGAAAGACAAGACGCCCAUCAUCCCGACUGUGUAUAAUUUAUUUAUUUAUGUUGAGCUUCGCCUUUACCAAAGUCAAGAAUAUGAUGAUUUCUUUGUAAAACUAAGCGACAAAAUAAGAUUAAUACUCCUACCUUGUUUCUGGCAAGAAUUUCAAAUUCCUAUAAAAAUCAUCGAUGUUUGGAAAAAAGAAGCUGAGAAAGUCAAAAAUAAUAUGUUAAACGACGACGUCUCGCUGUACCAGCUUUGCCAAAUGAACUAUAGUGACGGUUACUCAAUGAUUAAAAAUAUGAAGAAUUGGCGUGUCCCAGCAAUGGAUGAUUUAUCACAUACUUGGAUCAACAUUAUUGUAAAAAGACACUUAGCUAACAUUUUCAUAAGACUACAGUUGGAAUUGAUGGUAUCCGAUCUGUUCAUGAGUGAUCACUGUGAAUUAAAUUUACCUUAUGUCGUAUGCCGCCGAGUUGCCGAAUGUAUGAGUUACGAGGAAUUAUUGCGAUUGUGCAAAGAGACAAAUGAUAAAGAAAAAUAA